GACAGGUCCCUGGGAGAGUAGAGAUGGGUGGGAGCUUGCUUAUAAAAAGAGGAGUCGCGUCUUCUGUUAGUGGAGCUGCUGCGGAACUCGACGCUGUUUCCUGUUCCCUCGCGAGUGUUGCGGCCAAACUUGAAGUGCAAGUUUAAGGUUCUCUAGAGGACGAAAGAUAAGAAGUUGAACUCUCCCGGCCCAGUCUCCAGCAGGAGCGGCAAGCCCCGACCCAGGUUCAACUACCUGGAGUGUCUGCUACUUGCAUCUCUGCGUCUUACCCCCGCCCCAACUCGGGGUCCCCUUCGAGGCUGGGAGUACAGCGGCCCCCGCUUGUUGGCGGGAUUGAAAGUGCUUGGCGGCCAGUUCCUGCGAACUUGAGGCAGCACUGAGUCCGAUUCCCGCGGAGGACGUGUCCUGAGCCUCAACUUGCAGGGCAGCAAGGGGCUACCUCCAUGAUCGUCAGUGUCUUCGGCCAGCGCGCGUGGGCCCCGGUGGGCGUCCUGGCCUCGUUGGCUAUCUGGUUCCGCCAGCGGCGGGUGGCCCUUGCUGAGGGGCAGACGGCCGACGGCCAGCGCCCCGUUGACCGCAACCUGCUGGAGCUGAAAAUGGUACAGGUCGUGUUUCGGCACGGGGCGCGCAGUCCCCUCAAGCCGCUCCCGCUGGAGGAGCAGGUAGAGUGGAGCCCCCAGCUAUUAGAGGUCCCACCCCAAACUCAGUUUGAUUACACAGUCACCAAUUUAGCUGGUGGUUCGAAACCACAUUCUCCUUACGACUCUGAAUACCAUGAGACCACCCUGAAGGGGGGCAUGUUUUCUGGGCAGCUGACCAAGGUGGGCAUGGAGCAGAUGUUUGCCCUGGGAGAGAGACUGAGGAGGAACUACGUAGAAGAUGUCCCCUUUCUGUCACCAGCCUUCAACCCACAGGAGGUCUUUGUUCGUUCCACUAACAUGUGUCGGAAUCUGGAGUCUACUCGUUGUUUGCUGGCUGGGCUUUUCCAGCGUCAGAAAGAAGGACCCAUCAUCAUCCACACUGAUGAGGCAAGCUCUGAAGUCUUGUACCCCAAUUACCGAAACUGCUGGGGCCUGAUGCAGAGAAUCAGAGGUCGGAGGAAGUCUGCCAUUUUGCAGCCAGGGAUCUCAGAGGAUUUGAAGAAGGUGAAGGCAGGAAUGGGCAUUGAUAAUAGUGACAACGUGGACUUCCUCACGCUCCUGGACAAUAUGACUGCUGAGCAGGUGCACAGCCUCCCAAGCUGCCCUACACUGAAGAGAUUUGCAUGGAUGAUUGAACAGAGAGCUGUGGACACAGCCCUGCACAUGCUGCACCUAGAAGACAGGGAGAGCCUUCAGAUGGCAGUAGGCCCAUUCCUACACAUCCUGGAGGACAAUCUGCUGAAAGCUGUGGACCCCACUACUCCACCUGACAAGAACAGAAAGCUGUACUUGUAUGCAAGUCAUGAUGUGACCUUUAUACCCCUCUUACUGGCUCUGGGAAUUUUUGACCACAAAUGGCCCCCAUUUGCUGUUGACCUGACCAUGGAACUGUACCAGCAUCAGGAAUCUAAGGAGUGGUUUGUGCAGCUCUAUUACCAUGGGGAGGAGCAAGUGCCAAGAGGGUGCCCCGACAAGCUGUGCCCACUGGACAAGUUCUUAAAUGCUGUUUCAGUUUAUACCACAAGCCCAGAAAAGUACCACACACUCUGCUUCCCAGCACAGGCAGUGAAAUCGGAAAAUGGAGCAUGACUGAUUUACACAGCCCAGUUGAUUUUUAAAUAAAAUGGCUUUAUACAAUGCC